AUGUACGACGACUACGAUGAUGAUGGCCCAGACCUUGAGCUGGUAGAGUUGCUCCGACAGUCCCUUGGCCUGGGAGCGCCGAACUCGAAGGCUCCCCCGCCGCCAGAGACAAGGGUGCUCGAUGGAGCAAGAUACGUCUUUGACAACUCGAUUGAUGUUGCCCUGGAUCCAAAGGGGACCAAGCGGGCAGCGAAAACUAUCUGGAAGAUGAUGCAGGAGAAGCGGUAUUCGACGGAAACUUGGUCAGAACACGAGCUUCACCCCAAGGCGAAAGACGAAUCUACCGUCGAUUUCAUAUUCACCAUGGACCUGUUGAAUUUCAGCUUCUGGUCUGACGAACUGGAUGCCUCCAAGAGAUUUGCUAUCGAAUACCGCGGCAAGAGAUGGACGGGCUAUUGGAGUUUGAUCGCUGCCCUGCAGAGAGCAAUCGACGAAGAGAUUCCAAUUACGAGCUCCGACUUUUGGCAAGACGAGAAUGAGUGCACCGAGGAUGUCUUGAGACAUGUUUUUCGGUCUGCCACAAACGAGGAGAUUCCCCUGCUACAAGAACGAAUUGCAUGUCUGCGCGAAGCAGGAACUGUUCUUUAUAAAAAAUAUCAAUGCAGCUUCACCCAAUGCAUUGCUGAAGCCAAUGGCUCGGCGGCAGCUUUAGUGAACCUACUGGCGCAGAAUUUCCCAUGUUUCAGAGAUGAGACGGAAUUCUGUGGGAAGCAGGUCCGGUUCUACAAACGAGCUCAGAUUCUCGUUGCGGACCUGUGGGCUUGCUUCCAGGGGGAAAGCUACGGGGAGUUUCACGACAUAGAUAAAAUAACCAUGUUUGCGGAUUAUCGCAUUCCACAAAUGCUCAAUCAACUUGGCUGUCUCCUCUAUUCCCCGCCACUAGAGAGUAUUAUUCGAAUGCGUAAGCCUAUACCUAGUGGUCACCCGCGGGAAGUCGAGCUUCGCGGCACAAGUAUUUGGUGUGUCGAGUUGAUAAGACGGGAGAUUGAAACCCUUCAGCAGCAGGCGAACGGCAAUAGAAUAGAGGAGGGAGCAAAACCUAUACAGGUGAAUGCAAUUUUGAUCGAUUUUUUGUUGUAUGACACAGCAAAGGAUAUGGAGAAAGAGGGAAAGGAGGCCAUCCCUCACCACCGGACAAGGAGUAUCUGGUAUUAA